CUUGCAGCAGUCGAUGCGCAAGAUCCCAAAGAACGACUUUCGUAUAGAGCAGCUGCGAAAAAGUUUGGUGUUGUGUUGUCAACGUUAACGCGCCGCUACUACAAACAAACCCAGUCCUGUGCAGCCGCCGUAGAAAACACGAAAUUACUCACUACACAACAUAAAGCUAAGCUUUUAAAGUAUAUACAGAAGCUUUCUAGUCGUGGGCUUGCACCUACCAGGUCCAUGAUAAAAAAUUUUGUGUCGAAUAUUGCGGAAUGGGAGCCGUCAGAUAGCUAGGUCACACGCUUUCUGGACCGCAACACCACCGACCUUACCAUCAAAUACACCACCGGGAUGGACCGCAAUCGUCACGAAGCUGAUAGUCAUGAUAGUUAUCGAUCAUAUUUCGAUCUUAUCUUCGGGAAACUCGAUGACUACGACGUUGCGCCGCAUAACAUCUACAAUAUGGACGAGAAGGGCUCCCUACUUGGGUCCACCACAAGGUCAAAACGGGUAGAGUGGAUAACAGUUUUAGCAUGUGUUUGUGCUGAUGGAAGCGCUGUAGAUCCUUGCGUUAUCUAUGAAGGCAAGGUUGGACUUCGCGAUAGCUGGGUACGCGACCUAGAGAUGCUCAUCCUCGACGGCCACGGUAGCUACGUCUCACCCGAAUUUAUCAAAUAUUGUUACUCCCAUCGAAUAAUACUUUCAAUAUUUCCACCCCACGCCACCCAUACUCUACAGCCUCUCGACGUGGUGUUGUACGGGCCGCUGUCGGCGGCGUACUCUAAAGAGCUAUCAGAGUUCAUACGCCGCAGCCAAGCAUUGCUCCAAAUGCAGAAAAGUGAUUUUCUCCGCCUAUUUUGGGUGGCGUAUACAUCUACCUUCACUACCGAUAAUAUUUUGAGCAGUUUUGCAGCCACCAGGCUCCAUCCCCGCGAUCCCGAAGUCGUACUCAAACGGUUCAAAACCACCACAUCACAACGAGAUAACAACUUGAAAAGUAGAGAGCUGGGAGAUGGAGAUAGCUGGCGUACGCUGUCAAGAUUAUUUGACGUUGCGGUACCGGAUAGGUCGACGGCUGCAGCCAAAGAGCUCCGCCAGGCUCUACAUUCUCUGCAGGUCAACAACGAGCUUCUCCACGUUGAGAUCGACGAACUUCGCGGUGAAAUCGCCACCAAAAAACAGAGGCCGAAGCAUAAUAGAGUUCUCGACCUUCAACAACACCAAGAGUACCAGAGUCUGGCGGUGGCGCAGGAAAUUGCAAAAGUUGCCCGCGAGAAGGAACGGGAGGCUAAGGCUGCACAACUUGCUGCCGCGCGCGCCCAAAAAGAACAAGAUCGGCUUGCUGCAACAACAAAAAAAUCUCGCGAUAAGCAAAGUACACCUAAACGAGAAGCUUCAUCGUCGCAGAAUACAAAAACAGCAAAACGUCGUCGUGUGGUGGGCUGCGAGAGUGGUGAUGGAGUUGCACCGCCGCCCGCCAAGCCCUCCACCAAAACCACCACCCGCGGCCGCAAUAUAAAGUUACCAGCGAAAUAUAUAUAGACGGAAAUAUAUAUUACUACUUGCUCAAUACUCCACCAGAAAAUCUCGUGAUAAUAGCUUUUGUAUGGGGCUCUAUAGCCUCAUCUUUGGUGGAGCACCAAUUUUGGUGGGGUGUUGCAUCCGCUGAACAGUUGCAAGCACUGACCACCUACAGUAC